UUUUUUUUCCUUUUGUAUCUUCUGUUGUUUUCUAAUAUUUUACCUACCUUUGAUAUCUUUACUCUUACUUUUAUAUUUUAUAUAUAUAUACACUAUCUUGAUCACCCAGCAUAUAGUAGGAUUAGGCUACGUAUUUAAUACUCACGUAUAUACACACCAACAUGAAUCAACAACAACAGCAACCACAUCAUAUGAUUAGACGAUCCUUGGCAACUACACGAGAAGAAUCUAGUCAAGAAAGAUUUGGAGUCACUAUACCAAAGGAUCCACCAGUUCGUACAUCAACCAUUCAAAAAGCAGCCCUCACAUCUAGUUCAGCAAUGGCAGCAGCAGCGAUAUUUCGGAAGUUGGACAAGGAAAACAGGGAAAGCAGUGAUAACUAUACCAGUAAACUUCGCACUCGCUCACCUUUACGACAAUCGGAUCGAAACACAGGUAGUAAUACUCAUCACAACUAUCUUGGCAAUCGAAUAAGUAAUCAAACUCCAACAAAAAAACCAACCAAUGUUCGACCUGAUUAUCAACAACAACAGCAACAACAACAGCAGCAACAACAACAACAACAACAACAACAACAAAGACAACAACGUCAGCAUCGCAAACAAACGAAUAGUACAAAAAUACAUGUCGUCACCGAUGAAGAAGUCCCAUUGACAAUGUUGGAUAAGGAACGCGGUCGCAUUUAUACAAAACUACAAUUCCUUGGCGAGGGAGGCUUUGCUAGAUGUUAUCAAGUCCGAGAUCAAGAUGAAAAUAUCUACGCUGUCAAGGUGGUGGCCAAGGCAUCUUUAGAACAAGAAAAGUAUCGAAUCAAACUACAUGGCGAAAUCAUCACUCAUGCAUUGAUGAAACAUCCUCGUAUUGUCCAGUUUUACUAUUGUUUUGAAGAUGAGGAUAAUGUUUAUCUGAUAGUGGAAUUAUGUGAAAACAAGACAUUGGUUGAAAUGUUGAAAGCAAGAAGACAUCUCACUGAACCUGAAGUACGAUACUACCUUAUACAGCUCUUAGAUGCUUGUAGAUAUAUGCAUGAACAUCAAGUAGUCCACCGAGAUAUCAAGCUUAGCAAUGUCUUUUUAGAUCAUAAAAUGAAUGUUAAACUUGGUGAUUUUGGAUUGUCUGCAACUUUGAAGAAUCCAGAAGACCGAAAAACGACUAUAUGUGGUACACCCAAUUAUAUUGCUCCUGAGAUAUUAUUUGGCAAAAAUGGACACAAUCAAAAAGUGGAUAUUUGGGCUUUAGGCAUUUUAAUGUAUACCCUUCUUAUUGGUAAGCACCCAUUUCAAAUGAAAAUACACACUGGUAUCUACAAUAAAAUCCGUGCAAAUUCCAAACAACCAUCCUAUAUCUUUCCAGAAAGUAUUCCUCUGUCUGCCGAGGCAAAAGAUCUUAUUUCCAAAUUACUAGUCAAUAAUCCAGAUGAACGGCUGUCAAUGUCACAAGUUUUACAACAUCCUUUCAUUCAACAUCCACACUUACCAACACGCAUUCCACUUUCAUCCUUGCAAACACGACCAUCAUUACAUGAGUUGCGAAUUCUACAAAGGACAACUUCAUCUACCAACAUACCAUCAUCAUUAGAAUCAACAUCUAAUGAACAACAAUCAGGAGCAGAGACAAAACUCAUUAUGAUACUGGUAUCAACUUUACGAAACGCUUUACAAAAGAAAGAUUCUAUUAUGGCUCGUCGAAAGGGUACACCUAUUGAACCUAUCAUUUGGACAAAGCAUAAUGCCUUUUUGAAUAAAUGGGUGGAUUUUACUAGUAAAUAUGGUCUUGGAUAUUCAAUCUCUGAUGGUGAAAUAGGCGUUUUGUUCAAUGAUUCCACAAGUCUUUCUACAUUCGAUGAAAGGACAUAUCGAUAUAUUGUACAUGGACCACAACCUACUAUUGAAGAAUAUCAACACACUGAUGUACCAGCUGAACUUGGAAAAAAACAAUACCUGAUGACAAACUUUAAAGAAUAUAUGAAUGACAAAUUGGCUUGUUUGGCACCAAAACAAGAAUCAACAAAGAGUAAUGGUAUCUAUCUCGCAAAAUAUGUGGUAACAGAAGAAGCAAUUAUAUUUCGACUUAGCAACAAUGUGAUUCAAUUCAACUUUUUCUCUCGACCUAAACUUAUGUUUACAGAAUAUGGAACAAAGAUUAUCUAUGUAGAUCGAUCAAGAAAACUCAAAAUGUACGAAUUGAACGAAGCUAUUGCAACAGGACACCCAGAAUUACUUUCUCUUUUAGCAUAUGCAAGAGAUACCCUGGAAUCCCAUAUUACAGUAUAUGAUAAUUAGUUGUGAUAUACUGUAUCUAGUUGUUUUUAUAUAUUAGGAUAAUUAGAAAUUCAUUAAUAAAUAAAAAAAGAGGAAUUAAUUGUUCACGUAUUCUAUAAA